AUGGGGCGCUGGCGGCGAAUUGUCCGAGCUGAAGAAACCUUUUCCUUUCUGCCCGAUGCGGAAAAGCUGAGAUUCAGAGGACCCUGGGAGAUCGACCGAUGGCUGUGGGAUGUCAAAGAUGCUUUCUGUGAUGCGGAGGACUUACUCGAAGAAUGGAACCUGGAAGUUAUGCAAUUACGAGAAUGGCCGAGCAAAGAUGAGAAGUUGAACCAGGUAAUUUCCUCCUCCUCUUCGCCUUCUGAAAAACCUGAUUUAAGUCUGGAGAUGAGCGCCCGUGCGAAGAAAAUCAGGGAGAGAAUAGAAGCCAUCGCUGCCGAAGGGAGGGAUUUGGGCUUGCGAGAGUGCGCGGAGGAUGUGCGUGUAGAGAGAAGAGAGCGGUUGGACUCCUUUGUGUACGAUGAUGAUAUUAUAGGGAGAGAGGAUGAUAAAAGCGCAAUUAUGAACUUCUUGUUAGACUCUGACACUGAUGAACGAAUUUCUUUCUUUAUAAUAGGGGGUCAGAGUGGGAUUGGAAAGCCGGCUCUUGAUCGCUGUCUAUACGAAGAUGACAAGGUCAAGAAGCAUUUCGAUGUAAGGAUAUGGGUCUAUUUCAUUUUGCCUGGGGAUGAUUCCUGCCGAGAGAGUUACGGCGGGCUACGGGAGUUGAACAGGUUAAACAGUUUGAGAGGAAGCCUCAGAAUUGAAGUAAAGGGAAAAAUAAAAGAUGCAGUAGCAGAAUCAAAUGGCUCGAACUUGAAGGAGAAGAAUUCCUUAGUUUCACUAGUAUUAGUAUUUGUCGGAAAAGAACGUGAUGAAGUUCUACUCAAAGAGCUGCAGCCAAGCUUAAAUCUUCAAAGCUUAGAACCAAGAGGCUAUGGGGGCGCAAUGUUUCCAAGCUGGAUGUCUCGCAUGCCUAAGUUAGUUCAGCUACGGUUGUUUGAUUGUGCACGAUGCAAAAGUCUCCCAUCACUUGGUGAGCUCACUAGCCUCAAGCAUUUGGAAAUUGGUGAGCUAUCCAUAACAGAGUACACAGAAAGUGAUAUUCAUACCCUCUCAUCACUUCCUAAUCUGUCUACAUUAAGGAUAUGGGAGUGUCCUAAUUUGAACGGAUUCCACAACUUGUACAACUCAAGGAGUUGGGACCUCCUAGUUUGCCUGUGGAGGCCCUUGUAG